AACGCACGUGCGGGCCGCAGGAUUCGCGCGCGCUGAAGUUGUCUGCCGCCCCGUGAAAAAGUCGGACGUCGUCGUUGCUUUCCGUCCCGGACGAACGAUUCAAAAGGGCGUGCGUGCGCGUGACCGUAAAUCGCAGCAAGGACAGUGAAAGAACGGACAGAGAGAACGAGGUUUACGCGAGAGAGCAAAGAGGUAAUUGAAGUAAUACAAAGAAACAAGAAAACCACGUUGUCACGUUACACCCUGUCGUCACCGUCAUCGUCAUUUCUUUCAUCAUCGCCGGAGUGGUCCAAGUCCAAGGAAAUGGCAGUCGGUGCACAGAUCGACACGUCCGAACGGGAUACCGACAGCGCGAAGAUACCCCUGCUGAAUGGCGAUCAGGUGCACGAGGCUACGAAGGUGACCGAGGUGAAAAAGGAAACAGAGGACAGCGGAAGUACAAGUACGGCUACGGAGAACGUUGUGGAAAAGGGAGAAGUUGAGGCAACAAAAGAGGGCGAAAAGGAGAAAAAUGAAGACAAUAAAAAUAGUGAUAAAAACGAGAAAGAAGCAGAAAAAGAAAAGGAUGUUUCAAGUGAACAAGAAGUUGUUUUUAUUCAAGACUUGGGCUUCACUGUCAAGAUUGUCAGCCCCGGUUCCGAACCUUUUGACAUUCAAGUAUCCAGCAUGGAGUUGGUACAGGAAAUUCAUCAGUUACUUAUGGACCGCGAAGACACGUGUCACCGCACGUGCUUUUCACUGCAACUGGAUGGCAACACGUUAGAUAACUUUGCCGAACUGAAGAAUAUUGAGGGUCUAAAGGAUGCUUCCAUUAUCAAGGUGGUGGAGGAACCGUACACGAUGCGGGAGGCACGCAUACAUGUGCGACACGUACGCGACCUGCUGAAAUCUGUAGAUCCCGCAGAUGCUUACAACGGUGUCGAAUGCAGUAGCCUAUCAUUUCUUAACGUUGUCACGAAUGGCGAUAUCCUAGAGAAGAAGAAGACCCGCGCGGAUUCAGUCGAUUGCACGCCACCUGAUUAUAUCAUACCCGGUUGUAGGGAGAGACCCCUGUUGCCUCUCCAGCCGCAGGCGAAGGAGCAAAAGUGCCCACCGUGUCUCAAAGUCCUAACAACGUCAGGAUGGAAUCCACCACCUGGCCACAGAAAGCUUCACGGCGAUCUAAUAUACUUACAUGUGGUUACGUUGGAGGACAAGCAAUACUAUCUGACUGCAUGCGCCAGAGGAUUCUUUGUCAACCAAUCGACCAAAGAAGUAUUUAAUCCUAAACCAGCUACGCCUAGCCAUUUAUGUCACAGUCUCAUUGAACUAUUGAAUCAACUCAGUCCAUCCUUUAAACGAGGAUUUGCUUCUAUGCAACGACGCAGGACUCAGAGACAUCCUUUUGAACGAGUCGCCACCCCUUAUCAAUUGUAUGCUUGGAGUGCACCACAAAUUGAGCACACUAUUGACGCUAUUCGCGCGGAAGACACUUUUUCCUCUAAAUUGGGAUACGAAGAACACAUCCCGGGACAAACACGCGAUUGGAACGAGGAAUUACAAACUACGAGAGAACUGUCGCGUAAAAAUCUUCCUGAAAGAUUGCUACGAGAGCGUGCUAUCUUCAAGGUUCAUAGCGACUUCGUGGCAGCCGCGACUCGCGGAGCAGUGGCGGUUAUUGAUGGCAAUGUUAUGGCGAUAAAUCCUGGUGAGGAAGCCAAAAUGCAAAUGUUCAUUUGGAACAAUAUCUUCUUCUCUCUCGGCUUCGAUGUCCGUGACCAUUAUAAAGAGUUAGGUGGUGACGCCGCUGCCUUUGUUGCACCUCGCAAUGAUCUACAAGGUGUCCGAGUAUACGCGGCUGUCGACUUGCCCGGUCUCUAUACGCUCGGCACCGUCGUCAUCGAUUACAGGUACGUUUAUCGAAUUCCUUAUAAUUUUCUUAUUGGUGUGUUCUUACUUAAUCUUUGGUAUGAAUUUUCUUGUAGAGGCUAUCGUAUCACCGCACAAUCCAUUAUACCGGGUAUAUUGGAACGUGAACAAGAACAAUCAGUAGUCUAUGGAUCGAUCGAUUUCGGGAAGACUGUUCUUACGCAUCCUAAAUAUCUUGAAUUGUUAAACAAAGCUGGACAGCAGUUGAAAAUUCUUCCCCAUAAAGUAAUCAACGAUGCAGGUGAGGAAAUCGAACUUUGCAGUAGCGUCGAAUGCAAGGGUAUCAUUGGUAACGAUUCACGACAUUAUGUGCUCGAUCUGUUGAGGACUUUCCCACCCGAUGUAAAUUUUCUGAAACUCGAAGGUGUGGAACUAAGCAAAGAAGCACGAGCCUUGGGUUUUCCAGUAGAACACAAACAUAGAUUGGCCUGUCUACGGCAAGAACUCAUAGAUUCAUUUGUCGAGGCCAGGUACGUUCAGUUUAUCAAACAUGCAGCCGUUCAUCUUCAACAGCUUACGUCUGCUAGAAGAUCUCUAAAGGAAAAAGAGACAAUUGCCAAGGAAGAUAAGAAAGAGGACAAAAAAGAAGAUUCAACUGCUGUAACGGACAGUAACAAGGAAGACUGCGCUCAAUCUCUAAUAGAGGCCGACGAAGCGAAGAAGAUUGUCGAGAGCAUCACUGACUCGAUUACAGGUGGCGAGAAACAAGAACUGGAGGAGAGCACGAAAGAGAUAGUGCGAAAAGCGGCAACGGCAGUGGGUAGUCUGCGCGACGCUGAAUUCGAUGUAAGAUUCAAUCCGGACGUGUUCUCGCCUGGCGUUAAGCAUCCAGAUCUUAAUGGCUCCGAUCUGAAGAAGCAGAAACAAUUAGUAAAGGAUGCUGCAGAUUUCUUACUCACGGUGCAGCUGCCGGCAUUCAUUCGGGAGUGUUUGGAUCAUACGGCAGCCGCGAUGGACGGUAGUACAUUAGUGGAAGCUCUUCACGGUAGAGGCAUUAACAUUCGCUAUCUUGGUAAAUUGGCGGCUAUGUUAGUCGCAGUGCCACAGUUGCAUUAUCUCAACCGCAUUGCUGUAUCCGAACUGAUACUUCGAUCGGCGAAACAUAUUUUCACCUCUUACAUGCAGGGUACGGAUUUGAUGAAUCUGUCCGCGGCCGUCAGUCAUUUUCUGAAUUGCUUGCUGUCUUCGGCACAGAUUAUACAUCCACAACAAAAUCUAGAAGAGCUUCAAAGCAAAACUGCCAAACGCCGCAAUAAACGUAAGGGGAGAAACAACGGACCGCAACAGUUAGAAGUAGAAUGGGCAUCAUUAACACCUAAAUCAUUGUGGCAGCAAAUUAAGAGUGAUUUGAAGGCCUAUUACGACUGGGAAACGCCGAGCCCAGAAUCUCUGGAAGCCACGAUAGAACAUUUUUAUCUACAAAAAAUUUCAUUACUACGCGGUUUCUGCAUUAAGACUGGCAUUCAAAUACUAUUGCGUGAAUAUAACUUCGAAAACAAAAACCGGGCAACUUUCUUCGAAGAAGAUAUAUUGAACAUCUUUCCCGUCGUCAAACAUAUCAAUCCUAGAGCUAGCGACGCGUAUAAUUUUUACACCACUGGUCAAAGCAAAAUUCAACAAGGAUACUUAAAAGAUGGAUAUGAAUUAAUUAGCGAAGCGCUGAAUCUUCUUAAUAAUGUUUAUGGUGCCAUGCAUCCUGAAAUUGCACAAUGUCUUAGAAUGUUAGCAAGAUUGAAUUACAUAAUGGGCGAUCAUGCUGAAGCACUUGCUACUCAGCAAAAAGCAGUUCUCAUGUCGGAAAGAGUCAAUGGCAUCGAUCAUCCGUACACCAUUACAGAAUACAUACAUCUCGCCUUAUAUUCUUUUGCCAACGGGCAAGUAUCUGUAUCAUUAAGAUUAUUAUACAGAGCACGUUAUCUAGCAUUAUUAGUCUGUGGUGAAGAUCAUCCAGAAGUGGCCUUGCUCGAUAGCAAUAUUUCACUGAUUCUGCACGCGGUCGGUGAAUAUGAGCUGUCAUUACGAUUCCUAGAGCACGCAUUAGCCUUGAAUUUACGUUAUCACGGUCCUCAUUCAUUGAAGGUUGCGGUAUCGUAUCAUUUAGUGGCACGCACACAGUCAUGCAUGGGCGAUUUCCGAGCAGCGUUAAACAACGAAAAGGAAACUUACGCAAUUUAUAAGCAGCUAUUAGGUGAGGAGCAUGAGAAAACAAAGGAAAGCAGCGACUGCUUGCGGCAUUUGACUCAGCAGGCAGUCGUAUUGCAAAAGAAAAUGAACGAGAUCUACACGGGCAAGUCUGGUGUAAGCCUGCCACCGAUUCAGGUGCAGCCGCCCAGCAUGGGCUCAGUGUUGGAUAUGCUCAAUGUCAUCAACGGCAUUCUCUUUGUGCAAAUAAGCCAGCAGGAUAUCGAUAAUUUUAAGGCGGAGAUUGAGAAACGACAGAAGGAACAGUCGCCGGAUGGCAGCGAAGCCAUCAUGGCGAUUGCUGAAAAAGAUACCAAGAAGAAUGAUAAGGAGACAAAAAAAACAACAGAAAAGAACGACGUUAAAGUCGAACAGAAGGCAAAAGACUUGGAAACUAGCAAAACUGAUACCUUAGAGUCGGCCGUGGCGGCAAAGAGCUGAGUCUUUCGUUCGCCGACGAUAAACAUUAGUAGUCUUUCCUUUCUUUUUUCUAAGCCCUAGUCCUCCGUUGUGGAAGAUGACGAUUUCGCGCGAGGAUCGUCACGUACGAUGUAUACAUACUUGGUACUUGCACCGUUUUUUUGUUAUACUGUUUAAAUGCAAUUAGGACAUGAGACUAAAAAGAAAAAGACAAGAUGCAAGAUUGCCGUCAUGAUGUGUUUGUGAAGAUAAAGGGAUGAAUAUAUCUGCCGAGAUUGAAUUUGCAUGUGAGACGCACAUUUAUCUAUUAUAUCGAAUGUAUAUAAAGACACUGGUGCCAUGUCGCUUAAAGAGAGCAAUCUUCAAGAUUAUAUCUUUGAAAAAUCAAGAUAUGUAAAAAAGAUUGUUCCCUUUUUGCCA